AUGGGGGCACUGAUGUCCAAAGUCCCAGGCAAACUUCCAACCGUGUUCGGAAGAGAGAUGACUCACAGCGGAUCCUUCACCCCCAGCGCCAACUCUACACCCAACCCCAACGCCGCCGACGCCCCCGGAUCUAUCGUCACCCUUGCUGCUACUACUGAUGGAUGGCGUAUGUGUUGCUCAGGGACAGUGGUUGAUCAUGUGAGCAAAAAAACGUGGAUACUAACCUCAGCUACUCUGGUUAGAAAACCUGACACUCAGUUUGAGGUCUAUGGGCAUGACGACAUUAAGGGUGGCGGCAAUGUGCGGCUGAGUGUGCUGUUUGUCCAGUGCGAUGCUCGCCGGUCAGGAGUGCAGAAGCAAGUAAUUAGCCUUACUACAUCAUCACAUGUAGCUUCUAUCGCUGGUGUAAUUCUGAAUCUGGCUUUAAUGCACUUUGCAAGGUCAAGAGCAACGCUACUGCAUCUACCGUUCAACAAGAUAAAACUAUGGGAACCGCCAGAGGCGAUGUCGACCAUCGUCCCAUAUAUGACCUGGACCCCCAAGCUGAACAAAUUCAAGGACCAUUUCAGCUACCGGAUAAAAAGAUUCCUGGACCAGAAAGGCUCCAUUGAGGAAAAUGAGGGAAGUCUUGAAGAAUUUUCUAAAGGUUAG